AUGUCCCUCGACCCAUCCACCUUCGGAACUAUAGUGUCCUCCCGCUUCAUCACCUUCACAUUCCCAAACCCAACUCUUCCCAACCCCCACCUCCACAAUGCCCUACUCCGCAUCGCCGUACACGACUCUCCGACCACGUCAAACCCCUCCCAAAUCGCCGCCAUGCUCGUACCUCCCCACCGCGAGUCUGACUGGACCUUUUCCACUCAACCCGGCCACCUCCAACUCCUUCUCUCCUCCUCCACCCAGCUCUCCCGCCUCAUCCUCAUCGGAAACCUUCCAAAUUCUCCUCACCCUACUAUUUAUAAUCCAGACCCACCGAUACUUAUCGACCCGGUAAGUCGGGCAAAGCUUGAAGAAAAUUUAACCCCCCUAGUGUUUGCUGUACUGCCCAAAUCGGCAUUUCCAGAAAAGGGUCUGCCCGAGGUACCCUUUUUGAUUUACGAAGAUGAUGUGAUUCGUAGUGUAGUUGUAGAGAGGUGUUGUGGGCCUUGUGUUGGUGAAUUAUUGGUUGAAGAUGUUGAAUUGGAAAGUAAUGGCACUGGUGAGUCUAAGUGUAGUAGAGAGUUUCGAAGGAGAUUAAGGUUCAAAAGAACGCCCAAUUUGAUUCAAACCCAGGUAAGAAUUUACCCGUAUUCGAUUGAAAAUGGGAAUGUGGGAUUUGGUUUUGUGGAUUUAGUGGGUGCAGGGUUUAUGAUAGAUAAAGGGAUUCUGGUUCAUCCUUAUUUUAUUCCAAUGGUUGCAGGUUUAUCUGUGAUCAGUUCGUAUAUUGAUGAAAAAAUUCGAUAUAGGAUUAAACCGAAAGCGUUGUGUUUAGGUGUUGGCGGUGGGGCUUUGCCUAGUUUUUUGAAUUCUCAAUUGGGGUUUGAGGUUUUGGCUGUGGAGGCGGACGAUGUUGUUUUGAGGCUUGCCAGGCAGUAUUUUGGCUUGCAAGAUGGUGAAUGUUUAAGUGUGUGUGUUGGAGAUGCAAUAGAAUUGAUAGAGAAACUUGCUUGUCAAGUGAAAAAUCAAAAUGCUGAUGCUUUUAGUACUUGUAAAGUAGAGAAUGUUGGUUGUUUGGAUACUGUUGAUGUGUUUGAUGCUAAGUUUGAUGUGAUAAUGGUUGAUCUGGAUUCUUGUGAUGCUACAAUGGGCAUUAGUGCUCCCCCAUUGGAGUUUGUCAGGAAGUCAACUCUUAUGGAAGCUAGAUUGGUUCUUCAUGAGCUUGGUAUACUUGUGAUUAAUGUGAUUCCUCCUAGUAAGUCGUUCCACGAGACAUUGAUACAUGAGUUUCAGGAGGUUUUCCAUGAGUUGUAUGAAAUAGAUGUUGGAAACGGGGAGAAUAUUGUUCUUAUUGCUGCCGCAUCACCAAUUGCGAGUGAAUCUAGUGUCUGUGAGACUUCUUUUUUCGCGAAGUUGAAAUUGGUUAUCUCGGGAGCAUAUGUGGAUUCCAUAAGAAAAAUCUAAAGAUUUGGCACUUACUGAUUUCACAUUGAAAUCCCUCCAAAUCGUUAGAGGACGUGUUCUUCAAUUUGGUUAAACGCCAAUCUGGAGGGAAAAGGACACAUGUUUGAUUUGUUUGCUAUGACCUUUGAGGUUUGCAGUCUCAAGUCACCAGUCUGCUGAGGCGAUAGAUAUGUUCUUCUUGGUCUUGGCCAAACUGACCUACCUUGUGAAUGUUAGUGGUUUUCAUGUACACAAGUGCAGAAUGGAGAAAUAAUUGUUUUUCCUUUCGGUAUGCCUCCUCCAGCUAUUCACCAGGGAAUGUAACCACAUGU